CCCGCCCCACAACAAAACUCGGCGCGGCGCUCUCGGGAGCCCGGCUCGGAGCGACCCGCGGUCGGGACCGGAGGGAGCCAGGACCAGGGCGCCGGGCCGGGACAGCCAGCCCGGACGGCGGCGGCGGGGCCAGGCGGAGCGGGCCGAGAGGCGGGUCUCAGCCCAGAGGGCACCUUCUGCAAAUAUGUCCGUGGAUCCCUUAUCCAGCAAAGCCCUGAAGAUCAAGCGUGAGCUGAGCGAGAACACGCCGCACCUGUCGGACGAGGCGCUGAUGGGGCUGUCGGUGCGCGAGCUGAACCGGCACCUGCGCGGGCUCUCGGCCGAGGAGGUGACGCGGCUCAAGCAGCGGCGCCGCACGCUCAAGAACCGCGGCUACGCGGCCAGCUGCCGCGUGAAGCGCGUGUGCCAGAAGGAGGAGCUGCAGAAGCAGAAGUCGGAGCUGGAGCGCGAGGUGGACAAGCUGGCGCGCGAGAACGCAGCCAUGCGCCUGGAGCUCGACGCGCUGCGCGGCAAGUGCGAGGCGCUGCAGGGCUUCGCGCGCUCCGUGGCCGCCCGCGGGCCCGCAGCCCUCGUGGCGCCCGCGAGCGUCAUCACCAUCGUCAAGUCGGCCCCCGGGCCCGGGUCGGGCCCCGCCCCCGUGUCAUUUCUCUGCAGCCACCGGCCCCUGUGUUGA